GCACUUAGCAGCAGUAGAGAGUUACUUCUACCAUUCUUAGUUCCAACUUCAUUUCUAACCCAACAAGGACUGUUAUUCUUAGUUUCUCACCAAGAAAAGCCUUUUUUCCCCCUCUCUCUCUCCUCCAACACACAAAAGGGCAAAAGGGAAAGAGAAGGAAGAGUCGAGAAGAUAGGCAUGGGGAUGGGGAGUUUCUCACCAAACCACAACAGCUAUGGAGACUAACAAAAACCCGCAUUGCCGCUAUUACCAUUACAAUGGGGAAGGUAGAUGAUGAGCAGUCAUUGCCGACAGCAGCAGUGCGUCAGCAGGGCUCGGGGUCGAAUGCAGCCAACAAUAGAUGCUGCUGCAGCAGCAGAUUCAGGCUGUGGGUGAGCUUCAGAUGUGUGUUUGCUCUGCUGCUUUCUCUGGCCGUCUUUAUCUCUGCCGUCUUCUUGCUCCCAUUCUUCCGCUCUUCAAAUCCUGGGCCUCCGGAUCCCGAUUCCAGAUUUGGAGGUUAUGACAUAGUAGCUAGGUUCAUGCUUGAUAAACCAGACUGGUUCUUGGAAGAUUAUAUCUUGCAACUUGAAGAUGAUAUUUUUGAUGAAAUAAAUGUUGCUCAGACAAAAGUCGAUAUAAUAUCUUUUGAAACUUCAGCUGGAUCGAACACAACAACAGUUAUCUUUGCUGUUGAUUCUGAUGUCAAAACUUUGAGGGUCUCUCCGACAGCUCAGAGUUUAGUCAGGGCCAAUUUUGAAUCUAUACUUGUUCAUCAAUCAAAUCUGCGCUUAACUACUGCAUCUUUGUUUGGGGAUCCGAUAUCUUUUGAUGUGCUGAAGUUCAAAGGAGGGAUUACUGUGAGUCCGACGCAGAGUGCAUUCCUCAUGCAAAAUCAGCAGUUCCAUUUCAACUUCACCUUGAACUUUUCCAUUAAGGAAAUACAAGAUAAUUUUGAUGAGCUACGGGGGCAGCUGACAUCGGGCUUGCAUCUUACUGCAUAUGAGAACUUGUAUAUCAGCUUGACAAAUCUAAGGGGUUCAACUAUUGAUCCUCCCACCAUUGUUCGGUCUCAAGUUCUUUUAGCAGUUGGGAUUAAUCCUUCAAGGUCGAGAAUGAAGCAGUUGGCUCAAACAAUUACUGGUCCUCAUGCCAAAAAUCUUGGCCUCAAUAACACUGUUUUUGGCAGAGUUAAACAAGUGAGCCUUUCUUCAAAUUGGACGCGCUUACUUGGGGGUCCCGAUGCUGGCAGCCCCUCACCUUCUCCGGCCCCUCUGCCACACCAUAGCCACCACCGAGAUACUAAUCUUGCUCCUGCGUUUUCACCUUCCUCGAAAACUGGGAAGAGUGGACAUGUGAGCGGGGAGAAAUCACCAUCACCUACACCUACACCUGCCCCCGUGCCUUCUCCACACUUACAUAAGAUUCAUCAGGUCAAGCCUCCUGCUUGUCCUUUUGGCCCGAAGGGGACGCCUCCAAGUAAAACACAUAAACAAAAUCAUAUGGCACCUCCAGCAUAUGCACCAAAUGCUGCUCCUGCUUCCUCGUUGAAACCACAUCGAGAGGCUCCAACACCUAGCCCACACGAAGUUCCUACACCAAGCCCAAGCCCAAGCCCACUGCCAAAUGUAGUUAAUGCCCGUGUUCAUCCCCCGUCAGGAAGUAAUUCUGAUGCAGAGCCUCCUGACAAAUUGCGUUUAGUUUCGCACAUCCCAUCAUCAGCAUCCACAGUUCUUUAUUCAAAUUUAUGGGCUCUCCCUCCAUUUCUACUUGCGCUACAUCUAUAGCAGCAGAAAGAGAAGCAAUUUUUUUUUUUCUUCAGCAAAUUCACCUCCUGUAUUUGGGAAAGGAGUUCAACACAAUGGAGGGAAUUUGCAGGCAGGCGAGAGCGAUGCCAAAAGGGCAUGCCCCUCACUUUUGAGUAGAUAUAUAUAUGUGUUUUGUGCGUGUAAAUAUGUGAUAAAACUUAAGCAGCGAGAUGGAUUUUCGGGUCAAAGUCACAGAGGUGACGGGCCUGAGAUGACAUGCAUCGUCGCCGUUAUGUAUGAUCUCUCUUCUACAUAAGAUGUAAGGAGGGAAUGAAAUGAAACUAGCAAAUGUAUAAAACGAUGCACUUUUUGUUUCUAUCAUCUUCCAUGCCCA